GGGCGGUGGGGAAGGUGGUGGCGGCGGCGGCACCAAGAUGGCGGUGGCGGGCAAAGGGGUGGUGUCGGCCGCCGUGAAGCCGAUCUUCAGCCGGGACCUGGGCGAGGCGAAGCGGCGCGUCAGGGAGCUGUACCGGGCCUGGUACCGCGAGGUGCCCAACACGGUGCACCUGUACCAGCUGGACAUCACGGUGAAACAGGGGCGGAACAAGGUGCGGGAGAUGUUCAUGAAGAAUGCCCACGUUACGGAUCCACGCGUGAUAGACAUGCUGGUUAUUAAGGGAAAAAUGGAGCUUCAAGAAACCAUUCAUGUCUGGAAGCAGAGGACUCACGUCAUGAGGUACUUCCACGAGACGGAAACCCCACAACCUAAAGACUUUCUGUCCAAAUUCUAUGCGGGGCACAAUCCCUGAGAAACUGACUCUAUGUCUUCCUGCCUUGUAUUACAAAUAAAGUUCUAUACAAUAUAAAAAAGA